AUGCUGGCGGCUGGGAGCUACAGCAAGGACGUCCUGCAUGCCCAGGUGGUGUUAGGGGCCGAGGGUUAUUGCCUGGGCUAUCAAUCCACCCAUCUUCACAGCUUCGUGGCGCUCUUGACUUCUUCCGGAGGAGUAAAGUCCGCAGCCAAGCGUCAGCUGGACUGCGCGGGGGUGGUGAUCACCGUGUAUGCCGCGUGCGAGGUCCUGGCCGCCCGCCACGGCCAUGCCGACCUGUGCGGCGUCAGGGUCCAGGUGUCCGAGGAUCACUGCUGGCUGUCACUGGACGGCAGCGGCCGGCGGGACGCCGCGGUGGAGCUCACAACUAGCAACGCCGCGCUACGUGGCCUGGCGCCCGGCGCCGAGGCUUGGAGCGGCUGGCUGUACGCCGGGGGCCGGGCCCACACGCUGACGCAGCGCCAGGUCAUCGCUUCGCUGGUCGUCUCCGUGGACCCCACGGUUGUGAACGGGCGGGCGAAGAAGGUGAGCGGGCAGCUGGCGGGCCUGCAGCUCCUCCUGCUGCGCCAGCUGCAGGCGGCCGAGGCAGCAAUGUACCCCGCGGCCGAGAGGCUGGACAGCGCACUUGAGAAGGCGCUCGAGCGGGGCCAGGGCGUGGCCGCUUUCUGCGCCCAGUUCGAGCGGGAGAUUGCUAUGGCCCAAUCGAGCUUGGAAGGUGCCAUCUAUGCCUGUGCCGGGGCCCCUCCCAGUUCUGGGCUUGGUAAGAUGCGCGUGGCUGAUCAGAGCGCGGAGCUGCAAGCAAGUGACUGGAUCCUGGAAGCAGGAGAUGCCAGCUGGAAUUGGUACCCCUUCAGCUGCUAUGCAGAGGCCAGCCUGGGCUACGUGGAAGCCAUGGCGGGCGCUGACGGCAGUGCGCUGCAAGAAAACGUGCCGUCGCACUUCCAGCUGGGGCUGUGCGCCCUGGCUGCGGGGGGGCGGGUGCUGGCCAAGUACCGCCAUGCGCCCACAGACGACCAGCUCUACAAGGACAUUGACGAGCUGCUGCGCACCGUCAAGUCCGCCGCCGAUGCGGCUAUCCUGCAUAUCGAUGCGUCGGCCCUGCUGACGCCCUUGGCUGUCGAGCACCUGCUCCGCUUCCUGGAUGGCCUGUGCCUCUACUACUCGGGCAAGCCCAAGCCCGCCACAUGGGUUGCCACCUUGCUGAAGGUCCUGGCCUCGGCGACUCCAGAGGCAAGGCAGACCGGCGCGUCACGGGCCGCUGCCGCCAUGCAGAGCCCGACCAUGCGCGCCAGCAUGGGCCUGUGGUGGGAGCUCAAGCCCCGGCUGCUGAAACCCUUGUUUGAGGCCGGGGAGUCGGAGGGAGAGGGCGCGCGGAGAGUCAAGCGAGCCAGGGUAGUGGACUGA